CAGUCAUGGCGAAAAAGAAACUCCUAAUCCACCAGCCGCGAGCUGGUGAUUGCUGGCGUAGCGUGUGGCCUCGUCGCCUAGUUUGUCCCAUUCGUGAAUCUCAACUCUCCCGAUCUCAAUCUCUAGCACGGAGCGUCACGUUCAGCAGUUUCCUGUCUGGCGGCGCAGCAUCGCGGCUCCCGCCGCGUGUUUCGCAGAAGCUAGAGUACAGUAUCAAGCCCUGCUGGCGAAAGAUGCAGUGCGUGAGUGCGUGGCUGGGUGGGUCUUGCCUAAUGAUCGCGGAGACAAAAAAGCACGAGUUUUUGUCCGGGGAUGAUGUAGCAGCCGUGGAAUGCGGUAGACCACACAGAAUCAUGUCGCCCAUCCCACGGCGCGGGUGUCGCUCCAACCGCUUCCGGCAUCUCUCCCUCCGCUGCGGUGGCGAGUCGCGGCGUCGCAAGCCAGCCCACCAGAAACCCUACCACUAUCCAUGGCCCACCAGCAGCACGCUAGACAAGCCUGCUGCUGUCUGUCCAUCAUCUCGGCACAAGCGGAUAAGCGACAUGCUCGCUCCGUCUCCCUACGAGCUUAUUUCGAGCGUAUUCAGCCGUCUGUCAUGCUUCUACAAACCGCUGGAACCAGCUAGUACCGUCUGCCGGUUAGUAGUACCCUCGCCAGCAAUACACGAUCGGAGCUUGUGUUGAUCGUAUUGGCCCUCACAGACCACCGCGGCCAGCCAUGGCUCGUCUAAGCGCGCCGAUUCGUCGUUCGCCGGUUUCCCCGCUGUCAUCCCUCCCGGUGCUGCUUCUGGUGGCAGCGGCCAUGGCAGCGCCGCCGCCCCCCGCGCCGUCGUCGAUGGACCAAAUCCUGCCCGUCCCUGGCGCCAGCACGCCGGACCCCGUCGCCAUGGCGGAAAAGGCGGCGCUGCUGGCGUUCGCGUCGGCGCUGGGCGACCAUCCGGUGUUCGCGAGGGCCUCGUGGAUCAACAAGACCUUGGGAAUGUCGUACGAGAACACCAAGCCGUGCGUGCAGUUCUGGCAGAGGAUCACGUGCGACGAGAAAGGCCGCGUCAAUGCCAUCGACUUCAACAUCGCUGCCAUGAUGUCGUCGGACCCCGAGUUCGCCCCAGGGGGCAGCGUGGGGCCGCUCAAGGGGCGCGUGCCGUGGGAGCGCAUGGGCGCGCUGGGGAACCUGGUGCUCAUCAACCUGCAGGGCAACGCCAUCCACGGCCCGCCGCUCCCCGCCAACCUCACCGCCUUCCCUAAGCUCUACGAAAUCUUGCUGCAGGGCAACCGCUUCAACGGCUCCCUGCCCGACCAGAUUUCCACCCUCAAGGCGCUCAAGAAGCUUGACGUGAGUGGGAAUCAGAUCACGGGCUCCAUCCCACGUGGCAUCACCACCCUCUCCAAUCUGACGUGGCUGGCCAUAUCGCAGAACCACAUGGCGGACGUCCUUCCACCUGAGCUGGGCAACUUGACUCAGAUCGUCAAGCUGGACAUCGGGGGCAACGGGUUCCAAGGGCCCAUGCCCGAGAGCUGGGGCAGUCUUGAGAAGCUCCAGCUGCUCAAUCUGCAGAAGCUGAAUCUCAACGGCUCCUUCCCCGCCUCGUGGGCGGGCAUGACGUCGCUCAAUCACUUCAUUGCGCCCGCGGCUCACAUCCGCGGCCCCUUUCCCUCCUUCCUGCUCGCGCUCAGCAACCUCUCUGACAUAGUGCUCUACAGCAACGAGCUCUACGGCCCCCUGCCUUCUGCUGCUGAGCUCUUCGCUCCGCCCAUUCUCACCGCCAUUGACGUCAGCGGCAACUACCUCAACGGCUCUGUGCCCAAGGUGCCGCCCAGUCGCUCCGCGUUCAAGUUCUCCUUUUCCACCAACUGCUUCCAGCCGGCAGCAGGUGCAGACCCCUUGCUGGUGGACAGCUCCCCACUGCCCCCCACAGAGUGCUCCUGCUUCUACUCCUCACUCGCCCUCGGGGAGCCAGCACAGGCAAUUUCACCAUCCUCCUCUCCCUCCUCCCCCACCACCUCCACCUCCACCUCCUCCCCCUCCUCUCCUCCCUCUCCCUCCCCCAGCAAUCCCAGCGCCUCCCUUUCCCCCUCUGCUCUCCCCCACGGGGCCGCCUGCCUCCUCGCGCUGCUGGCUGCUUCCCUGCUGUGAGCGCAUGGAGUGGAGUGGAGGGAGCGGGAGGGUGGGCCUCAGAUGUGUAGGUGCAGCUGUGGGGAUAUAGACAGAUGCGACAUGGAGGAGAUACACUGUGUUAAAGCACUGUGGAUUUAUUGUAGUCCAGCAAAUCACAACAAGAUGCAGUAUGGGCGGACGAAGGUUGGCGGUGGCAUUGCUGGCAACAUAGAGGGCAGCGGAUGGCUGGUGCCCUGUUGUCAUGUGCUUACACAGCAGCACCAAUGGGUGUUCUACGCUGCUUGUACCACCAUGGAAGGAAGGAGGUGCUGGCGGGGGGACUCUGUAACGGGGUGAGCUAUCAUUGGACAUCUUCCAGAAAUCAUUUAUUGCAUCCUUGAGGCGCCUAAAAAAUAGACUCUGUAACGGGGUGAGCUAUCAUUAAUGAUAGUAUUUGA